AGUCCUUCUUAUCCUUUGAAUUAUCCAGAUAAUGCAGAUUGUCUGUGGCAAAUACAAGUAACGAAUAAUUUCCGCAUUAUGCUCACAUUUGCAAGCAUUCAGUUGCAAGGUGGAUGCCAGAAUGACUAUAUUGAAAUCUAUGAUGGGCCACCAAAUACUUCUCCUGUGCUUGGAAGAAUUUGUUCUAGUUCUGAUCUCACGUACACAUCGACCUCAAACUUUAUGACUGUCAGAUUUCACAGUGACUCCAGAUAUUCCAACAGAGGGUUUCAUGCUAAGUAUCAGUCCUUUCCAGCAGACCAGAACACCACCCUUGUGUGCUUGCCAACCUACAUGCGCGCAGCUGUAGACAGACACUAUCUCCAAUCACAGGGCUACUCGGUAUCGAACAUCAGCUUGUCUGACUCUUAUUGUAGACCAACAAUUACAUCGACUGAGGUUAUAUUCAACAUUCCAUACAAUGGCUGUGGUACACGUAGACAGGGCAACAAUGAAACGAUCAUCUACUCCAAUGUGAUAAAAGUGCCUGCUCCUGGUUACAUCAUCAAGAGGCAAAAGGACCUUCACUUGUACAUCAACUGCAAAAUGCUCCAGAACACCUGGGUGCAAGUAAUGUACAUUGCUGAUGACAUCAUUAAUGUCAGCGAAACCCAGUAUGGCAGAUAUGAUGUGAACUUGACAUUUUACAAUUCAUCAUCUUUCCUGUGGCCAGUGCAUGACUUUCCAUACUAUGUUGACCUGAAUCAGAAUUUGUUCCUUCAAGCUUCUCUUUACAGCUCUGACCCAAAUCUGGUAGUGUUUGUGGACACGUGCGUGGCAUCACCUGAUCCUAGCAAUUUUAGAACACUGGCCUAUGAAUUGAUCAGAAGUGGGUGUGUUAAGGAUCCCACCUACUCUUCUUACUCUUCACCAUACAGUGGUGUUGCUCGGUUUUCAUUUAAUGCUUUUUCGUUUGUUAAUCGACACCCGUCAGUUUACCUGCAGUGUGAGCUGGUGGUGUGCAGGUACAAUGACUACUCUUCCCGCUGCUAUCAAGGCUGUGUUAGUAGGUUCAAGAGGAAAGCAGGCUCUUCCCAGGGAAAAGUGAAUGUUGUUAUUGGACCUGUUCAGCUUCGGGAAGCUCACGCUGAGAACAGGAACAUUGAGCUGGGCUCUGACAUCCGGGCGAAAGAGGAGUCUCGGAGCUCAGCGCCGGCUGCCAGCUCCCACGUUCCUCUGGCUGUGACCGCCAUGGUGCUUGUAGCUGCUGUUCUCACUGUGGGAGGAUUUCUCUUGAAGCGUAAACUGCAGGAACCCAUCCCGUACCAGAUAAU